CAAAGAGUGGUUUUCAAUGUAGAAUUUAUGGGUAUUUUAAACUAGUGCUGAGCUGAAACAUAAGGGUUAUACUUAGUUACUUUAUUGAAUUUCAGUUAGUUACGUCACUUUGCAAUGCAGUUACUGUUACUGAAGCAAAUACUGUGGCAUGUUUUCAGGAACAAAAUGUGUUUCUAAAACGUGUUUUUAGAAAAGCCAUUGUGGAUGAGAAACAUUUGGCUGCGCCCAGUCUUCUGUCACUGGUAACCUCUGUGAUAUAUUUUUUGGAGUGUAAAUAGUUUGUACUGCAAAAGCUAAUGUUAGCCUGUAUUUCUCUUUGAGAUUAUACAUCCAGUGGGUUACAUUACUGUACUACUUGCUGUAAUAAGUGGAUCCAAAAUGUAUGGAUCUUUUACUGUGUGUGCAAAGAUCAUGUGUGCAGUGGGCAUCUGGCAUGUUGUAAGGUGUGUCAGACUUGAUGAGUGUGCUCUGUAGACUUGAUAAAUGUGUAUUGCAAGUGGCCAUUGCGGGGUGUCUGCAUGCCAGCUGAAACUACGGCUUUAUCUAGAUUGCCAGACAAGGUUGUCAAGCUCUGACCAAAUGUAUGAUAGUCAUACACUAACCUUCAUUGUAGCACUGUUUUUCUAGCUCUGUGAGCUGUCAAAAAGUUAUGGUUCUGAUUUGCUGGAUUUGUUGCAAGACAAAUUGAAGUAAUUUUUAAAUGCAGUCAGCUUCACUGCGCAGUGGAACUUCAUUUAUUUCUCAAGUAUGCUGUGGGCAACUUCUUUAUGUAGUCUGUAGAACAUCAAAAUAUUCAAUGGUAAUGAUGCCAGCUUUACUAAACAGCUCUAUCCUCUUUGGUCUUUUCAGUUUGAGUUUUCAACUGCAUAAGAUCAAAGCACAAGUGUUGAACUCAUAAACAUGAAAAUGGCAAGAAAUGUUGUCUUCCAGAAUCAAUUAGUAGUUCUUGUGAGAACUGUGAUGUUCGGAUCUGCUGCAGCUGCUCCUGGUUUGAAUUUGUUUGUAAAUGCAUCAUAAACAGACAGCCCAGAAUGAAGAAAGCAAGCAGGAGUGUUGGCUCAGUGCCCAAAGUGCCUGGAGUAAAUAAAACUCAAACAACUGACAAAGCCAAACCAGAAAACGGCUCCUCAGUGUCUGCAGUAACAAAACUCUCUAAAACCGGGACAUCAGCAUCUCUUUUGAAGACUAAGAGCAAUGAUGACCUCUUAGCGGGGAUGGCAGGUGGUGGUGGAGUGACAAUGACCAAUGGUGUCAAGGCAAAGAAGAGUACUUGUGUAGCAACAGCAUCUUCAGCUUCAGGGACAACCAUGAACAGUCUGGAAAAUAAACCCAAAACUAUUGCAGGUACCAGUUCCACAACUAAGCGUAGCACUUCAUCUGGAAAUAAAGAGUCAAGCUCUUCUAGAGAAAGAAUACGUGACCGUUCUCGUUUAAGCCAGAGCAAAAAGCUGCCUUUGACUGGCCAGGGGACCAAUGAUACGGUACUGGCAAAACGCUCCCGCAGUCGCACCAACCCAGAAUCAGAUAUUCGAAUGAGUAAGUCAAAAUCAGACAAUCAGAUCAGUGACAAAGCUGCAUUGGAAGCAAAGGUGAACGAUCUUUUGACAUUGGCAAAAACUAAAGAUGUGGAAAUCUUGCAUCUGAGGAAUGAGCUAAGGGAUAUGCGUGCUCAGCUGGGACUUAAUGAAGAUCAGCUUGAAGGUGAUGAAAAAUCUGAGGAAAAAGAGGCCAUAGUUGUCCAUCAGCCAACUGAUGUAGAGUCUACAUUGCUACAGUUACAGGAACAAAACACUGCCAUCCGAGAAGAGCUGAACCAGCUGAAGAAUGAGAAUCGAAUGUUAAAAGACAGACUAAAUGCAUUAGGCUUUUCUUUGGAACAAAGGCUGGAUAACUCUGAAAAACUCUUUGGCUAUCAGUCCUUGAGUCCAGAGAUUACAGCUGGCAACCACAGUGAUGGUGGUGGUACUCUGACAUCUUCAGUGGAAGGUUCUGCUCCUGGAUCAAUGGAAGACUUGUUAAGUCAGGAUGAAAACACUUUAAUGGACAACCAACAUAGUAAUUCCAUGGAUAAUUUAGACAGUGAGUGCAGUGAAGUUUAUCAGCCACUGACAUCAAGUGAUGAUGCCUUAGAUGCUCCAUCAUCUUCGGAGUCUGAAGGUGUACCAAGUAUAGAAAGAUCUAGGAAGGGAAGUAGUGGCAAUGCAAGUGAAGUGUCUGUAGCUUGUCUGACAGAACGAAUACAUCAGAUGGAAGAGAAUCAGCACAGUACAGCUGAAGAGCUCCAAGCCACACUUCAAGAACUUGCAGAUUUGCAACAAAUAACACAAGAGCUAAACAGUGAGAAUGAAAGACUUGGAGAGGAAAAAGUAAUCCUCAUGGAAUCCUUAUGCCAGCAAAGUGACAAGUUGGAACACUUCAGCCGCCAGAUCGAGUAUUUUCGGUCCCUUUUAGAUGAACACCAUAUUUCAUAUGUAAUUGAUGAAGAUAUGAAAAGUGGUCGCUACAUGGAGUUAGAGCAGCGUUAUAUGGACCUUGCAGAGAACGCUCGGUUUGAGCGAGAGCAGCUGUUAGGUGUUCAGCAGCACUUGAGCAACACUUUGAAGAUGGCGGAACAAGACAACAAGGAGGCUCAAGAAAUGAUAGGGGCAUUAAAAGAACGAAAUCACCACAUGGAACGGAUUAUUGAGUCAGAGCAGAAAAGCAAAGCAGCGAUAGCAUCUACCUUAGAGGAGUACAAAGCCACAGUAGCCAGUGACCAGAUUGAGAUGAACAGGCUGAAAGCUCAGUUAGAGCAUGAAAAGCAGAAAGUGGCUGAGUUGUAUUCCAUACACAACUCUGGAGACAAAUCAGAUAUACAAGAUUUGCUGGAGAGUGUCAGGCUGGAUAAAGAAAAAGCAGAGACUUUGGCCAGUAGUCUGCAAGAAGAACUGGCACACACCCGCAACGAUGCCAACCGACUGCAGGAUGCCAUUGCUAAGGUUGAAGAUGAAUACAGAGUGUUCCAAGAAGAAGCCAAGAAACAAAUUGAGGAUCUCAAUGUGACUCUAGAAAAACUUCGGACAGAACUAGAUGAAAAAGAGACUGAAAGAAGUGAUAUGAAAGAAACUAUCUUUGAGUUGGAGGAUGAAGUAGAGCAGCAUCGUGCUGUGAAGCUUCACGACAACCUCAUCAUAUCUGAUUUGGAGAAUACAGUUAAAAAACUUCAGGACCAAAAGCAUGACAUGGAAAGAGAGAUAAAGAAUCUCCACAGGAGACUCCGGGAGGAAUCAGCAGAAUGGCGUCAGUUCCAGGCUGAUCUACAGACUGCAGUGGUUAUAGCAAAUGAUAUCAAGUCUGAGGCCCAGGAAGAGAUAGGAGACCUGAAACGUAGAUUACAUGAAGCUCAGGAGAAAAAUGAGAAGCUCACUAAAGAGCUGGAAGAAAUCAAGUCACGCAAGCAGGAAGAGGAACGUGGUCGAGUGUACAAUUACAUGAAUGCUGUCGAGAGAGACUUGGCAGCUCUGAGACAAGGAAUGGGCCUGAGUCGCAGAUCAUCCACCUCCUCAGAGCCAACUCCUACAGUAAAAACACUCAUCAAGUCAUUUGACAGUGCCUCCCAAGUUCCAAGCCCUGCUACUGCCACAAUUCCUCGCACUCCCCUGAGCCCAAGUCCCAUGAAAACUCCCCCAGCUGCUGCUGUAUCCCCUAUGCAGAGGCAUUCUAUAAGUGGACCAAUCUCAGCUUCAAAACCCCUUGCUACGCUGACAGACAAAAGACCAAGCUAUGCUGAAAUACCUGUUCAAGAACAUUUGCUGAGAACAUCCUCUACCAGCAGGCCAGCAUCUUUGCCAAGAGUACCUGCUAUGGAAAGUGCCAAAUCUAUUUCUGUCUCUCGAAGAAGUAGUGAAGAAAUCAAGCGGGAUAUCAGUGCACCUGAUGGAGCAUCUCCAGCAUCUCUCAUGGCAAUGGGUACCACCUCACCACAACUGUCACUCUCAUCUUCUCCUACAGCAUCAGUCACCCCUACAACCAGAAGUCGAAUAAGGGAAGAGAGGAAAGAUCCCUUGUCUGCCCUAGCAAGGGAAUAUGGAGGAUCCAAGAGAAACGCCUUGCUGAAGUGGUGCCAGAAAAAAACAGAAGGGUAUCAGAAUAUCGACAUAACAAACUUCAGCAGUAGCUGGAAUGAUGGUUUGGCUUUCUGUGCAGUCCUCCAUACUUACCUCCCAGCCCAUAUUCCCUAUCAAGAACUAAAUAGCCAGGACAAGAGAAGAAAUUUCACUUUGGCUUUUCAGGCAGCUGAAAGUGUUGGCAUCAAAUCUACUCUGGACAUCAAUGAAAUGGUGCGAACUGAGCGUCCGGACUGGCAGAAUGUCAUGCUGUAUGUUACAGCAAUUUACAAAUACUUUGAAACCUGAAACCAUAAUAAUGCAACAGAUCCAUGGGAUAGAACCAACAUGAGUACCAGAUGGAAACCUUACUGAAUGCUAAUCCCUGUUUCACUGAAAACUGGCAACAUUUGAGUCCCCUCAAACUUCAGUGACGCUAUGCUGGAUUGCCUCAGAAUGCUUCAGCUACUAAGCCUGGAAAUAGGUGUUUAAAAGCAAGAACUUGUUGCCACAGUGCUUGGAAUAACCCAAGUUGUUAAGCUAUUCACAUUAAUUAUGUAGCCUAAAGAGCCUGGACUACUUAUGUGCUGCCUUUCCAGCCAGACUUCCUGGAGCUUUCUUUCCUAGGAGAGUGAGAUGAAUGGAUCCUAUAGCAUAUAGCAAAGAUAAAGCUUUGAGAAGGAAAAGGAUAACAUGGCAUCAUAUUACUGAACUUUCUGUAGCAUCUUAGAAUAUUCUAUCAACAGCAUAUGGCACCCCAAUACAGUAGAGUUCUUGAUGGUAAUUUAAUUAUUGCCUUUACAGCUAUUUUCCCUCCUUUUAAAUGUGCACAAUGCUCUAGGAAAACAAGCUUUUAUUCCUAAUGACAAAUUGAGUGGAAAAGUGCUCUCAAUACCUCGAAAAAUUUGGCACAGAACUCUUCAUUCUAAAGCUUCAUUAUAAGCCUACCUCUGUCACAGCUAUGUGGCUUCCAACUUUAUGGAUUAUAAGGACUAGCACACACAGCUCCUGGUUUUCCGGGCAUGCUGUAUUUCAAGGAAUCUUUCCAAACUCCCUGUGCUUCCAUUGUAACAGAAAUGAAACAAUAAUUAACCCUUGCAUGGCUUGUUCUUUCCGCUGGUUCUCCUUUGUGUAGCACACACAGCUACCCCAGGCUUUACAGCAAUAUGAACAUACAUCAUGGAUUUCUGUGACAGAAUUUUGGAACUGGGAUAGCAUUUCUCUGAAGAGAAGAUAUUUUCAAUAAGAUGUAACAAUGAAGUAGUUUGUCUCAAAAUCCAUCUUUGCCAUGUUUUCUGUGUGGUUUUUGUUGAUCUUGCACAUCCUCAUCUGUCUGACAGAAGGUGAGACAUUCUCUGACAGGAACUAUGGAGGAACUGAUGUAAUGUGUAUACACCCAGUAGUCUUGAAUAUUGCGUGGAAAUGACUCACUGUCACAAGGAAGGAACUGAGAAACUUUCGUCUGCUCAACUUCUAUUUUCCUAAAAUGUACCUGAAUUCAUGUAACAGUUCUUGGGCAAAAGAGUUCAAGUAAGUGCCUUAGUGAUCAUUGAAUUGAUAAAUCCUGGCACUUCAGGGCCUUGUGUGGAAUGUUAAUAGCUCAGAAUGAUUUCAUAUAGCCAUUUGUAAUAAGCUGUUUGUUGUAAUCUUGUUUGUCAAAUCGAGGGAAGACUUCACUCUA